CAUUUCGCCUGCUUGGAUCUGCACGGUCGGUGGGAUAUUUGCAUUUCGGUACUACAUUAUUGUUCCAAGGUUAAUUCUUUAGUUGUACAGAGCUAUUCUUGUGAUGACUGAAGAAGAAUGGGAGGAAGAGGUACCUUAAGUUCUUUUUAACAAUCUUUAAAGCUCAGGUAUAGAAAUAAAGGUUAUGUCUUGAAUACCUGAAUCUUGUGUGUUUCAACUAUAGGAACAUCUUGUUGUAGUCAAGCUUCAAGGAGUGAUAGAUAAUGAGUUCUUGUACAGCUGCGAGUCUUCAAACUGCCGACUCCUGGUGAGUGUUGACUGAACUUAACGAUAUCCCACUGUGGCCAAUGCACUGUUAGAACUCAACAUAGGACAACAUUAGGUAAAAUUUCCGCACAGCCCCAUACUACUGUAAAACAGAUCUGUUUUCCCAAUGGUAAUGUAUUGUUUUGUCAUUGUUUUCUCUAUCCAAGAACUGAAUGCAUAAUGUAGGAUGGGGCUGUGUGGAAAUUUUUCCCAACAUUACUUGGAAGUCCUGUGUACAUCCCUGCUAAUGGUUAAUGCUUGGCGCACAGUUCUGAUGGCGACUCGUAAUUCGUUUUUUAUGGGUAGUUCAUGGUACUUGGGGUUUAACUCUUUACAACCUAACAUCAGAAUGCAUAUUCUUCAUGCUGUCAUCUAUGUAUUUCCUAAGGUGCUGACAAGGAGAAUUUGUGUGAAGAGCUUCCUUAGUUGUUGAUCAUUUCCUUUACUCUUAUGACCAUAAUGUGUGAUUCAGCAGUGAUAUGGUAGGGAGAAUUUAGAUACUAGUCACUCUUAAGGGUCAAAAGGUUAUUAAUUAAUUGUGUAAGACCUCAUAAAGAUCUACAAUUUUUUAUGCCAAGUGGCAAUUGUUCAAAUGUAAUACGUGAUCAUGACAUUAUCUGACAUUUUCUGAAAUUUGAUUCCUAGGGCAUUGAUACAGAUGAACCUGUGUUACAAAUUGGGAAUUACACUUUUCUUGGAGAGUUUAAAGGUAGGACAAUCUUUGUGUUUGUUUUAGCAUAAUCCCCCAAAUUGCUUCUAGGUUAAAGAAAAAUAGAAACUGAACCAUCAACUGAAGUCACAUAUAUGAUUUUCAUAUAUUUACAGUCAUUUAUUCACCACUUCAAGGUUUCAUUUGAAACCAACAUAAUGACCAGCUCCCAGUUGGCUUGUUAGCUCAGUUGGUAGAGCGCUGCACUGGUAUCACAGAGGUCAUGGGUUCAAAUCCCGUACAAGUCUGAAUUUUUUUUAGGCCUUAUUUUUACUACUACUUAAGUAGUGUUCAUAACUAUGAGGAUCACUUCCAUACUAAUAUUUGUACAAUUCUCACCACUGGCAUUUUUUUUCAGAAUCCCUUGGAACACAUGUAUUGUUUGAGGAGCUUGGUAAUGUUACAUGGUCCUUUUAAGAGUAAUUUUUUAUAUUUAAAUGACCACUGUAUAUACUUGCCAAUAAGCUGAUCGCAAGUACAAGCCAAGACCCUAAACUAAUGAAAAAUAAAAUAUAAACAUUUGGUAUUUAGAGUUAAAGCAUGACUAACAUCUUUGUACAUUGUUUUAGCAUCAGAAAGCUUGACUCUAACUCUCUCACUCUUAACAUCUUAACUCCCAAGAUCUCAUUGGUAAUUCUUCUUACUGUCUGCCAUACAGUUCUUGUGAUGUUAGUGUGGAGAAUUUGUUAUUGGAUCCUCUUGUAAUCCUUAAAUUGAUAUUUUUUUUUGUUCUCAUUACUUGUCUGCUUGAUAUUGUAUUGAUAUUGUAAGGAGAAAUUCUGCCUUGGUCACUCAUGGGAGUUAAAGGGUUAAGUGGUUAGCAUGUCACUGAUCCUUACAUGCAAGGUCAACAUAUUAUCAGCAAGAUACAAAGUCAACAUGUUCUCAGCAAGCAAGACUGAAAUUUUGUCUUGAUGAAAAUACCAAAUUCUCACAACCUAUUCACAAGGAAAUGUAUGUCAGCUAGAAGGGUGUAUUUAUCAAUCAGAUGUAGGGAACCUAAAGCUAACAAUGAAUAUAUUUUUCUGUCUUCUUCAUUUCCUUUUGUUUGUAACUUUGAGUCUACCUAAAGAGGUGACUAUUUAAAUAACUGUUUCCCAUCUUUUCACUUCCUAGAAUCAAAUGAUAGCAGUGAAUCAAAACAGUUAAAGUACAGAUACAAGACUACUAAGACAUUGGAAAUGACGCGGGCAUUUUUGGUUGAAAAAGGAGAGGAAAAAGAGAAGAAAAAUGAACAGGUAAUAACAGCUUGUUUGACAAUAGAAUAUAAGCCUGUAUAUGCCUUUGAGAUGUAAUUAUUGUUAAAAUAUUAAGGAUGGUAAUUUUUUUGUAAUGCAUAAUUACAAAAAUGGCUGUUAAAUUCAUAGACUCCUGGUCCUUCAAGUGAUGCACAGGAGCACCAAGAGCAAGAACAUAUUGAGGAAUAAAUUAGGUGAAGAGAAAUAACUGACCAUGCUGUGACUCAAGUUAAGGUUGUCACUGCUCAACUUUGACCUGAUAGAGAAGCAGACAUCGGCGCAUGAUUGGUUGGAAAUCAGUGAUCAAUGGAGCAAGAUGUGCGCACAUCUUUUAUUGCUAUCACUGAGACUUAUUUCACAUGUGCUAUAACAAUCUUACAACAGAACCUACAUCCCACAAACAUGCUUACAGCUUGGUAAAGUCUCUCCUCCACAGAGAUGUCUUGUUGAAGGAGAGAUGUCUCCUAAAUUCAGAAGUCAGAAAUUCAGAGGACAGUUGUAGGAACAUUAUUUCCAGACUGGGUCACAAUUUGUGUCCCUUGAAUAAGUGUCCCAGAAGGGAGAUUACAAAUUAAAUGUAUUUGACAUAGGCUCUCAUACUCAAAGAAAUUAUUUUCCAAAACUUUUCAUGUUAGAAUGCCUCAAAGCACUUGAAAUUAUUUGAAAGUUGAAUUGUAACAUUUUUAUAUGGUGCCUCAAAAAAUAAAUUUAGUUAUUAUUGGAACUCAAAAAUUAAGUUAUUACAUUUAAAUUCAUCAUUCAUUAAUAUUCUUAACAUAUGUGUGUUAAGAAACACUCUAAGAAACCUCC